AUGCAAAGCAAGCAAAGACGUUUAAGUUUGAAUACUCUAGGGAGUUAAGGAAAGACUCCUGCAAGAUCUUCACUUGAUACAUCUAAAGUUGAAAUAGAAUCUAAUGUAGAUAAAUCAACUGAGCUCAUAAAUUUAAGAAAUGGUUAUUUUACAUACUAAAGACAAAAAUCUUAAAACUAGAAGAACUCCUCAGACAUUUCUACAACCUCCCAGCAUCCUAACAUUAUAGACAAAUUUCAAACAACUAAAAACAAACAAUUCACAACCUUCCAUAGAUCACCCAAGAUAUCUCUAGCCAAAUCCCCUACAAUAUCAGGAGCAUCACAGUAGCCCACUUAGAAAACUAUAAAGUCGUCGAAUUAACAAACAAAAGCAUAAAGUAAGCCAAAUUCACCGAAAAAAGAAAACAAAAUCUCAGCUAAAAAUAACUCCUCUCUUUUUCUAAAUCUAUCUAAAAUAGAAGCCAAUAGGGAUAUGAAAAAAUCGGUUAUUAACUCAUACAGAUAAAAUGAAUCAAGAGUUGAUGUAUUGCUGAAUUAGGAUCUUAAUUCAAUGGGAGCUAAAUUCAAAAGAAAUAGCUUUUUUGAGAAGGUAUCAGGGAUAGAUGUAAGUAAUAAUACAAUGGACCAUGCCAUGACUGAAAGAAGAAGACUAAAUCAAACAGACGUAUAAAGUGAGUUACUCAUGAUUUAACAGAAAUAAAGAUAAAGAGAGCAAAGCCUUAUUGAAAAAUUUAAUUAGUUAAAACUUCAAGCUUAGGAAACAUUCUAGACACACCAAUAGUAGAUGCUAUCACAGACUCAACCAAUGAGAGGAGAAGAAAUCGAUAGAAGAAUACAAAGGUUUGAGCAAAUUAUUUAAACUUUCAUUGAAAAAAAUCCUUUCAACUCAGAUAUGAUGAAAACCGAUUAUAAAUUGGAGAGAAAUAAUUCAACUCAGAAAUUCAUUGAUGGCCUUAAUUUGACUAAUCCUGUUCAUAAUAAGUCUACUUUUGGAGGAUCUGGAAACCCGAAUCAUUAGAAUUAUGGUCCAUCAGCCCAAUUCAAUAUUGUAGAAACAGUCAAUAAAAAUGGGACAUUGACUAUGAAUCAAAUAAAUUAAUAUUCAACUAGCUAGUAAUAGCAUUUUAACAACUCACUGUUAUCACCAGUUUAGAAAUAUAACUAUACGACUUCUUAACCCAAGAAUAGUGCUUAAGAUGAGGUUAAUUAUGUAUGCUCAUCGGAUUCUACUCAAGAUCAAAGAUAAGUCUAUCAAAUGCAAUCUUCCUAAGUACUAGAUUAGACUCUUCCUAAAAGUAGGUCUAAUGUCAUUAUUAACUUGAAAUCUUCAGCUAGCCAAAGUAUUAAAAAAGAAGAUAAGACUAGCCCGAGAGCUCUCACAUCUUCAGAGUUUAACCCAUCCAAACAUCAAGUCUCUUAAUUCUAGCUGAACUAUUCAUCCAAUAAUCCCAAUCCAAGCUAAAAAGAUAUUUAAGCCUUCCUUGAGACACUCUAGUCGCUUGAAGAAAGCAAUAAUACCACUCACUUAACUCAGAUUAGAAGUAAAUUAGUUGAUUACAAGGAACAGAUUAAAAAUAACGACUAAAGAGAUAAUGAGUAAAUCAAACAGUAAUCCUAAAUUCUUAAAGCCUUAGAUAGUAUAAUACUUAAACUAGACUCACAGAUGAACUUUAAGAAUACUCUAACAAGAGAGCAGGUAGAUUAGGAAAAGAUUUCGAAGUAAAAGUAUGUCAUUUUGGUUGGAGAUAAUCAUAAUGACAAUCAAGCCCUUCAUGACUUUGAUUCUCUAUAAACUCCUUCCAAUCUAUAUAAUGACCAUUUUAGUUAGAUGCCUACAGAUAAUGGGGAUAAUGUAGAUGUGACUAACAGUAGUUAUAUCUAGUCCACUAGAAAACAGCACAUGAAAAAUUGCAACAAAAGUGGAUAUCAAGUUAAGCAUUCAAGAUACAGAAAUGAUAGACUUAUAGCUAUAAAUUUUAAGGGAGAUUCAUCUCCAGUUGAUACUUAUGAGGAAGUUCAAUAUUAAAAAGGUUGGCUAAAUGAAAUCAAGCACAUCAAGACAUUGCUGGGAGGAGUGGCAAGCAAUAAUCAAAGUAAUGAGCCAAAUUUUACCAGAAAUAGCGUAAAAAACAAAGAUCAAGAUGCUGCUAGUAAUUAAUGCAUUAUUAUGUGA